GGCGCCACCAGUCCGAUAGCGUCAAAAAUGGCGUUCGUCGACACCGGGGGUUCUCGGGACAAGGGAGGCUACUCGGAUCAAGUCAGAGAGAUCGCGGACCCCACGGGACACACUCCGUCCGCAACAGGCACGGACAUCCAGGGCUCGGAGCUGUCAGCGUUCAAAGGGCCCGAAAACGCGGACACCGACGACAACUCCCAGGGCACGAUGAAAGGAGACGAGAUAGCGGACGAGGCGAGCAGCACCGAGACAGAGAACCAGUGCGCCAGGGACAUCAAUAUGGAGGAAGAGUCCAACCUGGAAGACCCGACGUCUUCAGAGACGACGACGAGCAGCGACCAGCAACCGUCUUCUCUGGUCGGCGGUGCGCCGGACGGGACGGACGGUUCCAAGCUCAGCUCGGCUACGUCGUCGCGGAGCUCGGACCAGCAGUGCUACUGUGGAAAGGAAAGGAACUUAAGCAUCGUGGAGCUUCAGUGUAUUGCUUGUCUCAAGUGGUUCCAUGACACCUGCCUUUCUCUGCCUCUUGGGAAGUGUGUCCCAUUCAUGACCAACUACACGUUUUCAUGCAAACUGUGCAAUCCGGCCGGCACUGAAAAUUUUUCCAAGAAACAGUCCAAUUUUAACCAAAUGUGUGUUACGGCACUUGCCAACCUGAUCCAGAAGAGUCGAUCUGAGGGCACCAACAGGGUACUUUUCUCAAAAGACAGGGAAAUAAUUCCAUUCAUAGAAAGGAAUUGGGAAAACAUGACAACAGUUCCACGGAGAAUAAAGCAGACUUGGCACACCACCGUUUACAAGACAAUGACCAAAGACAUGGACGUUUUUGUCUGUGAGGAGAAGACAGAGUCUGGGGAGAUCACGGGUGCUCACCCAUACUUUGGAUUGAUCUUGACGGACUUGGAGAAGAUUAGUCCCAACUACGAAAGUCUUGUGAGGAGUGGCCAGGGCCGUAAUCUCGACACCCAGUUCUCUUCCGGCAAUCCAGUUCCCAUGAAAGGACGGGGCACGAAACGGAAGCUGCCUGGUGAGGGUCAGACCGCCACGUCGGGAAAGAAAGUCAAGAGCGACCUGGUGAUGCCCAAGCUUCCCCCGAAUGGCUACCCCCUGGAGCAUCCGUACAACAAGGAUGGCUACCGUUACAUCCUGGCCGAGCCUGACCCCCACGCCCCCUUCCGGCAGGAGUUUGACGACAGCACCGACUGGGCGGGCAAGCCCAUCCCCGGCUGGCUCUACCGCAAGCUGCAGCCGUCUGCGGUGCUCUUGGCCAUGCACGACCGUGCCCCCCAACUGAAACUGUCGGACGACCGCCUCAGUGUGACAGGAGAGAAAGGUUACUGCAUGAUCAGGGCGACUCAUGGGGUGGAGGAAGGCAGCUGGUACUUUGAAGUCAGCAUAGAAGACAUGCCCGAAAACAGUGCCACACGCAUUGGCUGGUCCCAAGCAUUGGCCAACCUGCAGGCGCCCCUCGGCUACGACCGGUUCGGCUACUCUUGGCGCUCCCGGAAGGGCACCCGGUUUCACGAGAGCAGGGGCUACCACUACAGUGACGAGGGCUACGGGGCGGGAGAUACCCUGGGCUUUCUCAUCCAGCUGCCUCGGAGCAAGGAGAAGGAGGGGCGGCUCAUUCUGCCCGACGCCUUCAAGGACAGGCCAUUGGUGAAAUUCAAGAGCUACCUGUACUAUGAAGAAAAGGAUGAGGUUCAACAAGCAAUCAAGACGCUCAGGCCUUUGCCAGGCAGUAGGAUUGCAUUUUACAAGAAUGGGGAAUGUGUUGGCACAGCAUGGCAGGAUGUCAAUGAGGGCACCUACUAUCCCGCAGUCUCCCUGUACAAGAACUGCACUGUGAGGUUCAAUUUUGGACCAGACUUCAAGCACAUGCCAAGGGAUGUGCCAUGUUUGGGAAUCAAUGAGAUAGUAAACCGAACCAUCAUCCAGCAGACCGUGUCCGAUUUGUUGUACCUUGUGGAGAAUGAGAGGCAGCUGAAGCUCGAUGCCACCUGCUUUUAGGCCAUGUGCAUCCCAUCGUCAUUUUCUUUUGUACAGCUAUUUUUAAUAAAACAAUGUCACCUUUUCCUAUAGCUCA